CCAAUAAGAAUUUCAUCGAAAAAGACCAGCGAGAAUCGAGACAGAGAGAGAGACAACAAUGGCGCCUUCGUCAUCGAGCGGUUUGACCUUCAAGCUCCAUCCUCUAGUAAUCGUCAACAUAUCGGAUCACUACACUAGGGUCAAGACUCAGUUCAACCCUCCGCCUUCACUCUGUGCAACGGAAAAUGCCUCCAACAACGGCGAAGCAAUGUUGCAGCCUAACCCAAGGGUUUACGGAUGUGUGAUCGGUGUCCAGAGAGGUCGUACUGUAGAGAUCUUCAACAGCUUCGAGCUUUUGUUUGAUCCUUCCACUGAUACUCUCGAUAGAUCGUUCCUCGAGAAGAAGCAAGAGCUCUAUAAGAAAGUGUUUCCUGACUUCUAUGUUUUGGGAUGGUACUCUACGGGGAGUGACGCUGAGGAGUCUGAUAUGCUUAUCCACAAAGCUUUGAUGGAUAUCAAUGAGUCUCCUGUUUAUGUGCUUCUUAAUCCGGCAAUUAAUCACGCACAGAAGGAUCUCCCAGUUACUAUCUAUGAGAGUGAGUUGCAUGUCAUUGAUGGAAUCCCACAGCUGAUUUUUGCUCAUACAAGCUACACAAUCGAGACAGUUGAAGCUGAAAGGAUAUCAGUCGAUCAUGUUGCACAUCUUAAACCGUCUGAUGGAGGCUCAGCAGCAACCCAGUUGGCUGCUCAUCUUACUGGGAUACAUAGUGCCAUCAAAAUGCUUAAUAGCAGAAUCAGAGUGCUCCACCAAUAUCUAGCCGCAAUGGAUAAAGGUGAUAUUCCUUGUGAUAACUCACUUCUGAGACAAGUAUCUAGCCUGCUAAGAAGAUUGCCUGCCAUGGAAUCAGAGAGAUUUCAAGAUAACUUUUUGAUGGAGUACAACGACAAAUUACUAGUAACUUACCUAGCAAUGAUUACAAAUUGUACCAGCACCAUGAACGAGAUGGUGGACAAAUUCAACACUGCGUAUGACAGAAACUCUCGAAGAGGAGGAAGAACUGCGUUCAUGUAAAAGAUUCUUUCCAGCAGAUUCAAGCUCAAAAAGAUCUCCUCUUUUGAGGAUAGGACCACUCCUGCUUGCUCUUGGCUUUGGGUGCUUACAGACAAAAAUAAAAAAUAAAAGAUCUUCUCUCCAGAAAACUUGUUUGCAUUUGCCUCGGAGAUAAUUUAUAAAUAAGUCUUGGUCUUACUUGUGAUUGUUUCUAUCUAUAAGUAAGAAGCUUCUCCGUACUGAAAACUCUUGUUUGAUUUUUUUCCAAUUUUCCAUUGUUAGUAAAAAGAUUUUGCGAUUGAAGCUUUAUAAACUUUUUGUUACACCUAUAAGGCUUUAGAAUUAGGUUAUGUCUUGGAUUAUGUUAUGCCUAAUCCAAAAAGACAUCCAAAAAAGCACAAGCCACACAAAGGAAUGAAAAUAGAAAUAGCCUUUACCUUCCUCCCCAAGGUUUCAAACAAAUAUAAUAAAGAAAAUGAAAACAGAAAUUAAAAGUUAUUGUAAUCCCCAACCAAAUGCAAAAGUAAAAAGAAGAAGAGGGUAAAUCUUCAAAUCUGUGGUAAUCUACUCAUGAUCUGGUUAUAAACCGAUUGUCCGGUCUCCGAAACCGGUUCAACCUUUGGCUCCAUCCCUCUAUGCAUCAUAGCUUCACUCAUCACACCCGGUUGAGUCAUAUACGGAUGAGGCAAACCCGGUAAUUUCCCUUGACCAAACCCUAAACCAGGUAACGAAAGAUUAGCUAAACCGGUUUGUCCUAGACCGAACGAGAAACCGGAAGGAGGUCCCAAAUGCGGCUGGAAGCUAAACGGACGUCCAAACGGAGACUGAUUGUUCGCCGUGAGUUGCUGUCUCUCGUAUCUGCCACGUGGCUGCUCUUGGUAAUGGUGUGUCUGAGCGGCUGAAGCGCCGCUGUUACCGUUCCCACCGCCUCCGUGGCUGCUGUUACGUGCGGCGGGGACGUCGUGGUUGUGUUUGCCUUCGUAAGUGGUUAUAACGGAUUUGAGAUCAUGAGAAGCUCGCUCCACGUGUUUUCUCACUGUACAUCCAGGAGCAGUGCAUUUGUAAUAACUCCUGCAAAAGAAAAACAUGUCUUAGUGUGGUUCUGUAAUAAGAACAGAGGAGAUCACAACAAGAAGUAUAUAAAGAACCUUGGGUUUGGGUUUCCUUUGACUACUUUCUGACCAUACUUUCUCCAACGAUAGCCAUCGUCAAGAAUGUCAACAUCACUUGUUGUCUGAACAACGAC